UCAACAACAAUAACUAAAACCGUUUCUCCUUCUUCACUCCCACACUCUCUUCCACUGCUCUGAUGGCCACUUCUCGCAAGGUCUUGGUUCCAAUCGCAGAUGGCACCGAGCCCAUGGAGGCUGUCAUCAUCGCCGACGUCCUCCGCCGCGCCGGCGCCAUCGUCACCAUCGCCUCCGCCUCCGCCAGCCUUACCGUCCUAGCUCGCUUCGAUGUCAAGAUCGUCGCAGACGUCUUCGUCUCCGACAUCGUCGACACAUCGUUUGACCUCAUCGCAAUCCCUGGAGGGAUACCGGGUGUUGAAAAUCUGAGGGACUGUAAGGUUUUGGAAGGGUUGGUGAAGAAGCAUGUGGAGGAAGGACGGCUUUAUGCCGCGGUGUGUGCUGCUCCUGCGGUAGUGCUUGGGCCUUGGGGUUUGGUGAAUGGAUUAAAGGCGACUUGUUUUCCUUCAUUGAUGGAGAAAUUGGCCUCUUACGGAGCCACUACUGUCGAGUCUAGGGUGCAGGUGGAUGGGAAAUUAGUGACCAGUCGAGCGCCGGGAACUACCAUGGAGUUUGCUGUUGCGCUGAUUGAGCAGUUAUUGGGAAAAGUGAAAGCAGAACAUGUUGCUGGCCCGCUGGUCAUGCGUUACAAUCAUGAUGACGAACAUACUUUCAAGGAGUUUAACCUAGUGCAGUGGACAUGUGACAAUCCACCCAAGAUUCUUGUACCAAUUACUUAUGGUAGUGAGGAAAUGGAAACUGUGAUCAUCAUUGAUAUUUUGCGAAGGGCAAAGGCAAAUGUUGUGGUUACUGCUGCUAUUCGUGAAGAGGUUACGGGAUUACACGGUGUUAAUCUGGUAGCAGACACGCUCAUUAAAGAAGCAGUCCAACUUUCAUACGACCUUGUUGUCUUACCUGGUGGAGAUAAUGGUGCCGCAUCACUUACAAACGAAUAUUACUUGGUGAAAUUGCUGGAAAAACAAAGAGAUUCAAACAAAUAUUAUGGAGCAAUUUGUGCAUCGGUCACCACAAUCUUUGAGCGGCAUGGUUUGCUCAAGGGUAAAAAGGCCACUGCCUAUCCUUUAAAGUGCAACAUGUUACUUGAUCAGAGUGCAGCAGAAAACAGAGUGGUAGUUGAUGGGAAUCUCAUUACCAGUAAAAGCCCAGGAACGGGCAUUGAGUUUGCAUUAGCUAUUGUGGAGAAGUUGUUUGGACGCCAGUUAGCUCUAGAUAUUGCAAAGGCAUUAGUGUUCUAGCUAUUGUGGAGAAGCUGUUUGGAUGCUAGUUAGUUCUAGAUAUUGCAAAGGAACAAGUGUUCGCUCGCCCCAUAGGAUUUUUUAAUGCGAAGCUUUUUGUACUGAGGCAUUAUUAUAUAUUUGUGUAUGAAUAAUUGAGUAACGGGAAGAAUGUGGUU